AACGUCAGGCCAGCGAUCGCAGACACCCAAUGCCUCGCAACAGUCCAUAGACGCAACUCACCGCCGCCGCGGGAGUGUAGACCAUACAGACACUUCACAAGCACGUUUGUUGUUGGACGAUGGAACUCAACAACACACUCGUACACGAGCACGCACGCCUACACGCACACAUGCCCAAACAUACUCAAGCACACAUACAGGCACCCCAUCACGCCCAUCUGCAUACAGGAAGACACCCACACUCACCCGCCAGCAGAAUCGGAGGCGUGCCAAGCAUUCGGAUGCGUAUCGCGAGCAUUUGCACAUUGUUGAUUUGUGCUUUCGGCUGCUCAAUGAGAUUCUGAGCCAUUCCAUGCGCACGGAGAAGGACGGCUGGGAUAACUGGGAACUGCUGCUGGCCAGUGUGCGCACCUACAGGUAA